AUGGACAAAUUAAUGAAACCAGUUUUUCUAAAAGAUAGUGAACUGCCAAAAUCAAAUAACGAAAGAAUUACAAACUUUGGUUUAUUAGAUGCAGUAAGCGUAACAAUAGGGGACACGGUUAAAUGCGUCCAGUUGGAACGCGACCUCUGGCGAAUCUACUUAAAUGAUAAACAAAGUCGAGAUAAACUUAUCAUUGACGGAUUUGAUCUCAACAACCAACAUGUGAGAGUGUACGAAUCGAAUCCCUACUCAGCUGGUCUUACUGAUCCAGAAGACCCAGUCCUGAAAGUUACGAUAUGCGGCAUUCCACUCUCCGUGGAUGACUCCGCUAUACAUGAUAUGCUCAAAAAGCUAGGAGUGCAUCCAAAAAGCGAAAUUAAAUUCGAAAAGAUUAGAAAUCCUACAACAAAUAAAAUGACCAACGUUCUAAAUGGCAACAGAUUCCUUUAUAUAGAACCCCUUGAGCAAAACAAGGCCCUGCCUCGUUUCAGCUACUGCGCAGGUCUUCGAUGUAAGAUCUUCCAUCGAGGGCAAAAUUUCGAAAAACCUCCAAUAACCUGCACAAAUUGCUGGGAAACUGGUCAUUCAUUCAAAUUGUGCCAAAACAAUCCGCGGUGUUCUGCUUGCAAGGACGCAGGCCAUAAACCCGGAUCCGAUCUCUGUCCGCAAUACAUCGAAGACAACUCUAAGGAAGUUGAGGCGUUCGAUGGUCAGGAAAAUGUAAUAUCAAAUUUCUUUGCGUGUGACCUCAAAGUGUUCGGGGAAACUUUUAAUUCCGCCGAGCAAGCAUUCCAGGUCACUAAGGCAGUGCGAGCAGGCGAUCUUAUGGCAGCGGAGAAGAUCCGAGCAGCAAAAUCUGCACUGGAAUGCAAACAGAUCGGUAAAUCCGUCCAAGCAUCCGGAUCCUGGCAACAGGACGCGCCUAAGAUCAUGGAGGAAAUUGUGCUAGAAAAAGUGAAACAAGUUUCUGAGAUGAAAAAGAGAAUUAUACAGAUAUAUACUAACGAAAAGAUCUUUGCGCAUUCCGUGUACGACCAGUACUGGGGAACCGGUCUCAACUCUACGCAAACGUUGCACACCAAACCCAAGGCAUGGCCGGGGCAAAACGUCAUGGGUAAGAUACUACAACAUGUUGCGGAGUCCCUUCAGCAAAACACCCAACGCACGGGAUCGCGGACCAGGAAAGGGAAUGCCAACAAAUCUGAGCAGAAAGAUCUGGAUGGGUUCGUAAAGAAGUCUGGAAACACACUUUGUUGAUAAAAAGCAGAGUAUCUAUGAUUCGAGGUGGCAUGGUUCUGCUUUUCAUAAUUUUUCUGAAUCUUCGCAUAGUAAAGGUGUGUCAAUAUUUUUUCAUAAAAAUUUUACAUUCAAAACCCUAAAUUUACACAAGUCUGCUGAUAGUCGAAUCUUAUUAAUGAAUAUUGAACAUGACAACAAUAUUAUUACUUUGGUCAAUGUUUAUGCCCCAAAUUUAGAAAC